AUCUACUCUCUCUCUCUCUAUCUUCUUGGCCUUUUUAAAGUCACGAGACCCAUUGUGCCUUUGUUGUUCUUACAAUAUUAGAGAGAGAGGAGUGCAGUGUGUUUGUUUUUGUGGGGUGGCAGAGUAACUGAUAGAGAACUUUCAAAGCUCUACUCGAUCUUUUUCUUUUGGCUCUCCACCUUCACUCAAACUAUAGCAGUAUCAAACUCAAGUCUUGUAUUUACUCAUCUUCCCAAUCGGAAAGCACUUUGUUCUCCCCUUUCACACAUUUUCUGUCUCUCUCUGUCGGUGGUCGGUACCAUGAGGUCUGAAAGCAAUAAUAAUUCAUUGGAUCUCAACAAUUACCCUGAAGAUUAUAGUAAUAGAGACAGUAGACAAGUCAUGGAAGAAGGCUAUUCUUCUGGUGGUAACGAUGGGAAAGAUGAGGAGAGUGGGAAGGUCUAUGAGUGCAGGUUUUGUUCUCUCAAGUUCUGCAAAUCUCAAGCUCUCGGUGGACACAUGAACCGACACAGACAAGAGAGGGAGACAGAAACCCUAAACCGUGCUCGUCAACUGGUUUUCGGCAACGAUAACCUAGCCGUUGCACGAGGCGAUCCAUUCAGGCCAAUGUACCAGCAGCAACCAAGAUUGUUCACUGCAGCCGGCUCAUCAUCCUCCACAAUGUUACAACCACCAACAAUGCCGCCACAGGGUCCGCACCAACCACUACUAUACACAUCUCCUAUACCAUUAGUCCCGUAUCCCUCUCAAUACCCACAGCAACAACCACCCAUCAAUGAUUACUACGUUGGUCACCCCACCACACAAUAUCAUCUAAACUACAUGGGCAUGCCCGGACCAGACUCCACCAAUUACACUUGCGUUGGUGCUCCGGUUGGGCAAGUAUUGGGGCACGGCUCCAGCCGGCGCUCCAAUGUGGCAGCUGAGGGAUCAUCAGGUGGUAGAGACGGUUCAGUGAGCAACCAAGAGGAGGGAUUGAGUUGGGGGAGGAGCUAUGCAGGGAUUUGAUUAAUGUUUUGGGGUUUUUUUUUCAUGUUUUGUAUUUUAUUUUACCAAAAUGCUAAACAUCUAAUCAUGUGAAAUCGUGAGUCACACAUGAUUCAUAUGAAAUCGUGCGUGUCUAUUUAUGCA